AAGGCGCCAGAUGGGCGUGUGUGUCGGGCGACUGAAGGAAGGUAGCGAUUCGCUAGCGGGGGUCACUGACUCCUAAAGGCCGACGGAAUGGGUGCGUCCUGCAGUGCGGCUGGGCUGCGGUGACGGCGAUGGAGGCGCCAAACGACACAUUGCGGGGGUCUGGCGCGGCGCAGGGGCUGCCCAACUGCACGCCGCCCGCCAUCGACGACUUCCCGCGCGACCUCUUCUCGGAGCAGCAGCGCCAGGAGGGCGCCGUCGUGCUGCACGUGCUCGCCUCACUCUACCUGUUCGUCGCGCUCGCCGUCGUCUGCGACAGGUACUUCGUGCCCGCCGUCGAGCGCAUCUGCCAAGCACUGAACAUGUCGAACGACGUGGCGGGCGCCACGUUCAUGGCGGCGGCGACAUCGGCGCCAGAGCUGUUCGUGAACGUGAUCGGCACGUUCAUCACGGAGGGCGACAUCGGCGUCGGCACGAUCGUGGGCAGCGCCGUCUUCAACAUCCUCGCUGUGGCCGCCUGCUGCGGGCUGGGCGCCGGCAUCGUGGUGCCUCUGGACUGGUGGCCCCUGACGAGGGACUGCCUGGCGUACGGCGUGACCGUGUCGCUGAUGAUCUGCAUCAUCCACGACGAGCGUGUCGAGUGGUACGAGGCGCUCACCCUGGUGCUGCUGUACAUCGUCUACAUCGCAGUGAUGUACUGGGACAAGUCGAUACAGCGGUGCACCCGGGGCAAGAAGAGGAUGGCAUCGCGGGCCAACUCCAACCGCAAGGCCUCUGUGGACAAUGUGGAGGCUGGAGAGACGAGGCUACCACUCCAGGACGCCUCGGCAGCGGACGCCAACGCCUCCACUGUGGGGCCCGAGACGGCUGCGCAACAGCUCAACGGCAGCAUCAAGCUGGCUGCGGGGGCGGGAGCGGAUGGCCAGGGAAACCCUGAUGUCCCAGGGGACCUGCAGGACAACGACUGCACCGAGAACGAAGUGGCGGCGGCGGUGGAGGACGCGCUGCGCUGGCCGGGCUCGCCCCCGCACACGUGGUACCGCCGGCUGGCCUGGGUGCUCGUCUGGCCCAUCCACCUGGUCUUCACCGCCACCAUCCCGGACUGCGAGAAGCCGCGCUUCAAGCGCUGGUUCCCGCUCACCUUUCUCAUGUGCAUCAUCUGGAUCGGCAGCCUCUCCUACGUCGUCGCGUGGAUGAUCACCAUCAUAGGAGACACGCUCAAGAUUCCAGACUCUGUGAUGGGCAUCACGUUCCUGGCGGCUGGAACCAGCGUUCCAGAGGCGGUCUCCAGCGUGAUCGUCGCUAAGCAAGGCCACGGCUCGAUGGGCAUCAGCAACUCGAUCGGCUCCAACACGUUCGACAUCCUGCUGUGCCUGGGCCUGCCGUGGCUCAUCAAGGCGAGCUUCCUGCCCACCACUGAGGGCCGGCACUACGUGGGCAUCAAUUCGCGUGGCCUCGAGUACUCGGCCAUCUCGCUGCUCUCCACGCUCUUCAUGCUCUACGCCGCCUUCUCCCUCAACAAAUUUCGACUGGACAAGCGGGUGGGUCGGGCCUGCCUGCUCAUGUACGCCAUGUUUCUCGUGCUGGCCACCCUCAUUGAACUCAAUGUCUUCUUCAUGGUCAACCUGCCCACAUGUGGCCGAUGACUUCGCCAUCAGUAUGCCAACUUUCCUUCAAGCUCAUGGAGUCACAUAAGCUACAUAAAGGGGGCAAGGCACAUCGCGAAAGUACACCUUGGUAGCAUCUAUGGGAAAUAUGUUAAUUUGCAAUGAGCAUCAGGUCUCUAGUUUUUACUUAUUAAAUUUCCUAGAUAAUGAUACACUCUUCUCUCCAUUUCUCCUCUCUUUCCCUCUUUCUUUCACAAAAAUGUGCACCUGCAUGUGCACACACACACACACACACACACACACACACACACACACACACACACACACACACACAC